GAUUUUAGCUCAACCUCAAGUCCUCAGCAGCUCCCAGUGGAAUUCUCUCCUCUCUCUCGCUCUCUCUCUCUCUCUCUCUCUCUCUAAGAUCUGCAAAAAUAGAGUCCACCGACCGAAAGCGGAAGAAGCCGCUGCCGUCCUCCGCCGCCGCGGAUCCCUCCGAUCCCAAGAAGCCCGACCAGAGCAGCUCCGCCGCCGAGAAAGAAAAGCACCACCACCACCAUCACCACAAGAAGAAGAGCAAGAUGUCGUCGGGCAACCAAGUCCGCGCGUCACACAUUCUGAUAAAGCACCAGGGUUCCCGCCGGAAGGCCUCGUGGAAGGAUCCGGAGGGCCGCGUCAUCAUGAGCACCACCCGCGACAGCGCCGUCUCCCAGCUCAAGGCCUUCCGCGAGGACGUCGUCUCCGGCAAGGCCAAGUUCGAGGACCUUGCCGCCCGCCACUCCGACUGCAGCUCCGCCAAGCGCGGGGGCGAUCUCGGUCCUUUUGGUCGGGGACAGAUGCAGAAGCCCUUUGAGGAGGCUACGUUCGCUCUCAAGGUUGGUGAGAUAAGUGAUAUUGUGGACACGGACAGCGGAGUUCACAUCAUCAUGAGGACCGGCUGAUAUUCUUCAAGACGCAAACAUAUUAAAGUGCUUUGUUUUGUUUUCUCUUGUUCACGUUUCGCAUUUCAUUCCAGUGCUGUCGGUGUAACAGUGCACUUUGUGGAUUUAUAAAUAUCCGAGUGCGGAGGCUUCAACAUGAGAUAUGGCCUUAUAAAUGUGACUGAUGCAAUUCGAUUGACGCAAGAAAAGACAACGGUGCUUGAGGUUUUUCCAAUA